AUGGAUGUUGAUGUUUACGUUGACAUUUAUAUUGAUGUUCAUGCUUAUAUUAACGUGUACAUUGAUGCUAAAGUUAACUUUAACAUUCACGUUGACAUUGACAUUAUUGUUGAAGUUGACGUUAUUGUUGAUGUUGAUGUUGAUGUUUACAUUCACAUUUACUUUGACGAUCACAUUGAAGUUGACAUUUACGUUGACGUUGGUGUACAUGUUCACAUUAACGUUGACAUUAAUGUUGAUGUUGAUGUUCACGUUGAUGUUCACCUUGACAAUGACAUUAACAUUCACGUUGAUGUUCACGUUCACGUUGAUUCUGAGGUUUACAUUUAUGUUUUACGUUCACAUGACGUUCAUAUUGAUGUUCAUAUGUACGUUCAUGUUCAUGUUGACGUUUGCGGUGACAUUUACUUUGACGUUCACAUUGACGUUGAUGUUACCGCUCAUGUUGACAUUCAGGUUGAGUUUGCGGUUGACGUUAACGUUCACACUGAUGUUCAUAUUGACGUUCACGUUGACAUCAAUGUUGAACUUCACGUUCACGUUGAUGUUUAUGUUGACGUUCACAUUUACGUUAACAUUGAUUUUUACAUUGACAUUGACAUUCAAGUUGACAUUGAUGUUUAUGUUGACGUUCACAUUGAUGUUAAUGUUGACAUAUAG